GACUUGUUAUGUAACGCUGAUUGCGAAAGGUGUCAAAAAACGCUGAGUAGCGGAAGUUAAAGCAGUUUUAUGUCAUAUAGGUAUUAGUUAGCGUUUAUGCAAAUGUAUUAUUUUCUUAAAAUUGUAUUUUUAUUAUUAUUUUAUUAGAAUUUGGGUUGGUGUGACUGUGUUAAGUGUAAGAUCAGAAAAUUGAGCAUGCAGCUUGAGAUUCAUGUAUGCCUUAUGGUAUUACUCAUCCAAGUAGUCCAAUAUGUUCACUGUGCACAAGUAACUCCAUUGACGGUGGCCAACCCAAACAAUAUAUUGAAAACAAAACUCCAAUCUCAUACAACUGUAAAUAAUGAGCUUUUCUCUGCUGUCAACAACUUUAACAUUGAGCACAUGACCAAGUUAUUGAGAAAUGGUCUACAAAGUUCGCCAUCAAAUGUAUCAGAUGAUUGUAUCGUGUCAUUUCUUCAGUUGGCUAACGAUAUACUUGUAUCAAUAGAGCAACAUCAAUUGAUGCAAAGUUAUGCCGUAAAAGUGUUUGAUGCUUGGGGCAAGUUAGAAAGUGGAAUCUUGGAAGGAAAUGUGGCGUGGCCAGGAAGAUAUUACGAGUGUGAAAAUAUAAAACAUGGAAAUUUUACUGGGAACUAUUGCUCAAUGUAUGUUGGUACACCUGCACAAGCAGUUGCGUUUGGCAUUGGAACGCCCACUGGAGUUACAGUUGGCGGUUGCUUUCCUGAUAAAUGCAACAACAGUGAACUUUACCAAAUAUUUCAACCAUUGGCUCAGUCUCAUAAUCUCACAGUACAAGUUAAUUGUCCAAAUGUCAGCAUUACUUGGGGUUUUAAAGAAGGAAUUGGUUUGUUUGUUUGCAUUGCUCUUGCAUUGUGUGUGAUUGCUUCAACUACAUAUGAUUACAUGUCACAAUUAAAAUCGAAUUCAUUGAAACUGGAAUUUUCUGACACAAAUACUUUACUGAACCCAGAUGAAAACAAACAACAAACUCAAGGCAAACUCCACAAACUUGCAAUAUCAUUCUCUGUGAUAACAAACACCAGGAUUCUGUUAAAUACUGAUCAAAAACCUGGUCAAAUAAAUUGUUUGCAUGGAAUGAGGUUUCUUAGCAUGUCUUGGGUAAUGCUUGGGCAUUCUUUUCUGUUUUCAGUUAGUUAUUCUGAUAAUAUUAUGUUUUCUGCACGGUACUUUAUCGAACAUUGGGACUUUCAAGCAGUUGCGAAUGCCACAGUUUCAGUUGAUUCCUUCUUUUAUUUGAGUGGUUUGCUCGUUGCUUAUCUUGGUAUGAAAGAAAUUAAUAGAAGAGAUGGCAAAAUGAAUGUUCCGCUUAUGUACCUACAUCGGUACUUAAGGCUUACACCUGCAUAUGCAUUCUGUAUUUUACUCUGUGUAAGUAUCUACCCAAUGUUGGGAGAUGGUCCGAACUGGCCAGCUAUCACUGUGGCACUUUCUGAGAGUUGUCAAAAAUCCUGGUGGAGCAACCUCUUGUACUUUAACAAUCUUUAUCCAGCCAACAUGGCUGAAGAGUGCUAUGGUUGGGGAUGGUACUUGGCCAAUGACACACAGUUCUACCUCCUUGCUCCACUGUUUCUUUAUGCUUUGUACAAAAUUCCUGCUGUUGGCAUUGCAUUAGUAUUGAUAUUUGCAACAGCCAGUAUAGCAGUCACAGGAGGGUUUUCUGCUCAUACCAACCAACAGCCACAAGUCAUUGAUAUAGGAGCACUUGCAUACUACAUGGCAAAUUCACCGUUUGUUCAUCCCCACUCCAAUGGUACCAACAAUACAGUGUUUGCUGCCGACCCAGCUUCACAGUAUAGCACCUAUAUGUUUGACUUAUACACCAAGCCUUGGUGCCGAAUUGGUGCUUGGCUGGUCGGACUUUUGACAGGUUACUUGCUUCAUGUCAACAACAACAAAAUCAAAAUGCCAAAGGUUGUUGUGGCACUUGGUUGGAUCGCUGCUGUUGCUUUGAACUGCAGCAUUCUUUAUGGUCUUUUCCCAACUAUUAGGGAUGGGAGUUUGCUGAACAAUAACACAGCUGCAUUUUACAAUGCAAUGUUUAGACCAUUGUGGUGCGUUGGGUUGGCCUGGGUCACUGUGGCCUGUGUUAGUGGUUAUGGAGGUCCUGUUAACACAUUUUUAAGUUGGAAGGCAUUUAUACCUCUCAGUAGAUUGACGUAUUGUACUUACCUGGUUCAUCCACUUGUUAUUUGGUGGUUUUUGGGAACUGAGGAAAUUAAAUAUCACUACAGCAUUCAUUUUAUAAUGUUACUGUUCCUUGCUUGUCUAGUCCUAGCAAUACUUAUGGCAUACAUUGUCUCAAUGUUGAUUGAAGCUCCAAUUAUUGCUGUAGUGAAAACUGCUUUUGGUAAAACAGAAAAGCAACCAAUUCCACCCAUAACACACUACAGUAAUGGUAAUGGAAAUUUACCCUCAAAUCAAGAUGGAUUUCUAAUCAACGCUGGCAACGAGCAUGACGGCUAAUGUUAACAUCAUUAUAUGUAGUGUCUCUACUUUCGCAGAAUGUUCCAAAAUCCUAGAAAUCUACCUUUCAUAGUUCUGUAUCAUUUUAACAUGUUCCGUUUUAUUGUAGUUUCAGUAUUGAUUCAAUGAUUUUACUGGUUUUUAAAGUUCCAAUUUAAUGAAAUAAUUUUGUAAAAUUGCACUUCUUUUAAAAUGUUUAAAUAAUUAUUUUAUUUUUAGGCAAUUGUUUCCAAAGUGGCAUUUUCAUUUAAUAUUUUCUAAUUGAAACUCAGUUUUAUGCUAUAUACUGUCGUACCAUCAUAUUGGUGUUACAGGUUUUACAAUCCUUUAUGAACUAUAAACUAAGACUCAGUGUUUCUUGAACUUUUUUUGUAUGCUUUCAGAUUUACCCCCAAUUAUCAGAUUUACCCCCAAUAUGUAAUAUGGGGCUUAUUUAUUGAAAGCCAAAAUAACUAAUUAUAUCAGUUAUAUUUAAUGCGACGGAUGCGCUUGCUUUUUAGCAACUAGUUGUUCAAUGUCUUGUAAAUGAUAAGAUGAUUAUGUUUAUAAUUUUUUACACAAGCAUUAUAAAGGUAUCUGAAUAGAUACUAUGCUUACAGAACUGCAUUUAAUUUAGUAAACCUAAUUUUUUUCUAACAUUUGCUUUAAUUAAUUGACGAAAAUGAACUUGUCUAAGUAAUUUACUAUAUCAGGUAUUUAAUAUUGUCAUUUUACAUAUAGUGGUUGCAUUGUCGUAUUUUUAAAUAUUUCCAUGUCAUAUACAUAGUGUAAACUGUGGGGUAAUAUGGGACACAUUCAGCACAUAAUAUCCAAAUAUCCUGAUCGUGUUUUAAACAAUUAACAACGGUAUAUGGGGGUCGUGAGGAUACAGUUUUAGAAUUCUUUGAAUGUUUUUUGUUCACCACCAAAUCGGACGAGAAAAUAGAAUGAAAUGAUGUCCCAUUUUUCCCAACCUAUUAUAUAUCAUAUUUAUCGUAAUGGCUUUGGGAACAUGUUCUUAAAAACAAACUGCUUUA